CACUAAAAUAAAAAACCUUCGCUCCAAUUUUCUUACUUCAUUUCCUUCCCGCCUCUUCUGAACACACACAGACUCUCUCUCUCUCUAUACUGGAUACUGAAAUGGCGGAGAAGAAGAAGCGCCGACGACCUGACCCGAAUUCCGAGGACGAAACCCACCAACCCUUCAAGAACCAAAUCAAACCCGACGCGGUCAUCCUCCAAAUCCUUCAGAAACUCACUGAUUCAGUCCGCGCCGCCACAGAAGCCUCAUCGUCCUCAUCCAAAGCCCUAACCCUCGCCGACCUAGCUCUCUCCGAAUCCUGCCGCGAAGUCGCCGACCUCUCUCUCUCCUCCGUCCAGUCCACCAUCGAAUCCCUAACCCUAAAGAUCGCCCAUUCCAUUCUCUCCGGCAACGGCUUCGCCUUCGACGUCCCCUCCCGCUCCGCCGCGAACCAGCUCUACGUACCGGAGCUCGACCGAAUCGUCUUGAGAGAUAAAACCUCUCUUCGUCCCUACGCCAGCAUAUCUACCGUACGGAAAGCCACCAUUACUGCUCGGAUUCUUCAGCUCAUUCACCAGCUCUGCCUCAAGAGCAUCCAUGUCACUAAGAGAGAUUUGUUCUACACCGAUGUGAAGCUCUUUACGGACCAGACUCAGUCCGACUCGGUUCUCGACGAUGUGAGUUGUAUGUUGGGCUGUACUCGGUCUAGUCUCAAUGUAAUCGCUGCGGAGAAAGGUGUGGUCGUGGGUCGGCUAAUUUUCAGUGACAAUGGCGAUAUGAUCGACUGUACUAAAAUGGGUAUGGGCGGGAAAGCGAUUCCGCCGAAUAUCGAUAGAGUUGGGGAUAUGCAGAGUGAUGCAUUGUUCAUUCUCUUGGUUGAGAAGGAUGCUGCUUACAUUAGAUUGGCUGAGGAUAGGUUUUAUAAUCGGUUUCCUUGUAUCAUUGUGACUGCCAAAGGGCAACCAGAUGUGGCGACGAGGCUGUUCUUGAGGAAGAUGAAGAUGGAGUUGAAGCUACCUGUGCUUGCUCUUGUGGAUAGUGAUCCAUAUGGCUUAAAGAUUUUGUCUGUUUAUGGAUGUGGCUCCAAGAACAUGUCUUACGACAGUGCGAAUUUGACUACGCCAGAUAUUAAGUGGUUGGGGAUUAGGCCUAGCGAUUUGGAUAAGUAUAAGAUACCGGAGCAAUGUAGGCUGCCGAUGACCGAGCAGGAUAUCAAGACUGGGAAGGAUUUGUUGGAGGAGGAUUUUGUGAAGAAGAAUCCCGGCUGGGUUGAGGAGCUUACUUUGAUGGUGAAGACCAAGCAGAAGGCUGAAAUUCAGGCUCUUAGCACGUUUGGUUUCCAGUAUUUGUCUGAGGUUUAUCUGCCAUUGAAGUUGCAGCAGCAAGAUUGGCUAUGAAUGAAGCUUUCACUUGUGUGGUGGAGUGGUGGUGCUCGGAAAGAUUCAUCAAACCUUACAUAUUGUUGGAUUUAACAGCGUGCCCAUGUUUUGAGCUACACCUUUUGGGUCCUUGCAUAUCGUCUUAAACAAUGGCAGUGAAAACUUUUCAUGUAUCUAUAAAUUUAUGAAUAAUACCAACUUCUGAGAUCCUGAGUUU